GCUGUUAACAGGCUCUCCCUGUGCCUGGGGUUAGCUGCGGGAAGUGAGGCGGGAGCAGAGCUCUCUGCCCUCCAGGGGGCACGGAGACGGAAGCCGCUCCUCGCUUGUCACAUUACAUCCAUUUGCAGAGCUUGUGUGUGUGUGCAGCGUCCAGCCCCGCUGCCCGCCCCCAGAUGCUCCCUGGAAGUUGGGAAGCGCUUCGCCAGCCGGAGACGCGCCUUCCUUCCCCCACAACUUUAGCGUCUCCCCAGUGACCGACAUGCCGGAUUACAAACCCCAGAGAGAAGGGAGCAAACCCACCCGCCCGCGGGGGUGGUGAGCGGAGCCCGGGCGUGCCGACCACAGAAAGCUGAAAUGAAAGAGAUUUAGAUUCUGAUGAACUUGAUGUAGCUGCUCUCCAUGUCUGUGCUAAACGCACUCAUGAUCACUGCAAAUGGGAAAAGCAGACAGUCAAAAAUGAGAAUGCCGUGCUGCUUUAUAAUGAGAAGCAAUGGAGAGGUACAGCCAUAUGAAGUAAGAGAAACUGAACAUGCCUCGCAGUCCAACAUCAAGUGAAGAUGAGAUGGCACAAAGCUUUUCAGAUUAUUCUGCUGAAUCUGAAUCAGACAGCUCCAAAGAAGAAACUAUUUAUGAUACUAUCAGGGCUACAUCAGAGAAACCAAGCAGCAGAAUGGAAGACAGUAGGAGCAACACAUUAGUGAUACGAAUUAUAAUACCUGACCUACAGCAAACGAAAUGCAUUAGAUUUAAUCCUGAAGCUUCAGUGUGGGUAGCAAAACAACGAAUUUUAUGCACUUUGAAUCAGAGUUUGAAAGAUGUCCUGAAUUAUGGGCUGUUUCAGCCUGCCAGCAACGGGAGAGAUGGGAAAUUUUUGGAUGAGGAACGACUCCUUAGGGAAUAUCCACAACCAGUGAAUAAAGGUGUUCCCUCCUUAGAGUUUCGGUACAAGAAGAGAGUGUAUAAGCAAUUAAAUCUUGAUGAAAAACAGCAGGCCAAGAUUCAUACAAAGGCUAAUUUGAGAAAAUUUAUGGAUCAUGUUCACCAUCUCUCAGUGGAAAAAAUCACAAAGAUGUUGGAUCGGGGACUGGACCCCAACUACCAUGACCUAGAGAGUGGAGAAACUCCUCUAACUUUGGCAGCUCAGCAUGAUAAUACUGUAGAAGUGAUUAAAACUCUGAAAAAUGGAGGGGCACAUUUAGAUUUCAGAGCGAAAGAUGGAAUGACAGCUCUGCACAAAGCAGCUAGAGCCAAGAACCAAGUAACCCUCAAGACCCUUUUAGAGCUUGGAGCAUCUCCUAACUACAAGGACAGCUGUGGAUUGACACCACUAUACCACACCGCGGUAGUAGGAGGAGACCCUUAUUGUUGUGAACUUUUACUUCAUGAACAUGCUACAGUCAGCUGCAAAGACGAAAAUGGAUGGCAAGAGAUUCAUCAGGCUUGCCGAUAUGGACAUGUCCAGCAUUUAGAACACUUACUUUUUUAUGGAGCAGAUAUGGGAGCACAGAAUGCCUCAGGAAAUACAGCAUUGCAUAUUUGUGCUCUUUAUAACCAGGACAGCUGUGCAAGAGUUCUGUUGUUCCGAGGAGCCAACAAGGAGUUAAAGAAUUAUAACAGCCAAUCUUCGUUUCAGGUGGCCAUAAUAGCAGGAAAUUUUGAGCUGGCUGAAUAUAUCAAAAAUCACAAGGAAACAGAUAUUGUGCCAUUUAGAGAGGCUCCUACCUAUUCAAACAGGAGGCGGAAGCCCCAAAGCACCUUGGCAGCACCUCGUGUCUUACUUCGUUCCAACAGCGAUAACAAUCUGAACAUCAACAACAUUCCUGACUGUUCAGCUUCAUCUUCUGCUUCUUCACACCGCAGCCUUUCACCUCACCUACUUCAACAGAUGCAGAAUAAUCCUAAUGGAACUGUAAAAGCUGUUGGGAGUUAUACCCCAUCCUCUCGGAGUCGGUCACCAUCAUUAAACAGGGUAGGAGAGGAUGCAAAAAGACAGCAACAUAGGCACAUCAGUGCCGGUUAUAAUCCCAGUGCCAACAAGGAUGCUAUCGCUGCCUUGGAUUAUCAGGGUCCAAAACGCAAACUUUACAGUGCUGUACCUGGAAGACUUUUUAUUGUCGUCAAGCCAUAUCAACCUCAAGGAGAAGGAGAGAUUCAUCUGCACAAAGGGGAUAGGAUAAAAGUUUUAAGCAUUGGUGAAGGUGGAUUCUGGGAAGGCAGCACCCGAGGACUUGUUGGAUGGUUUCCCGCAGACUGUGUUGAGGAAGUGCAGUGUAAACCAAACGGAAGCAAACCAGAAACUCGAACGGAUAGAACAAAGAAAUUGUUUAGACACUACACAGUUGGAUCAUAUGACAGCUUUGAUGCUUUAAGUGACUGCAUUAUAGAAGAAAAGGCAGUGGUCCUGCAGAAAAAAGACAAUGAAGGAUUUGGAUUUGUGCUCAGAGGGGCAAAAGCUGAUACACCUAUUGAAGAGUUCACCCCAACUCCAGCCUUUCCUGCUUUGCAGUACCUGGAAUCUGUGGAUGAAGGGGGAGUAGCAUGGCAAGCUGGCUUGAGAACUGGAGACUUCCUGAUUGAGGUUAACAAUGAAAAUGUAGUGAAAGUUGGCCACAGGCAGGUGGUGAACAUGAUUCGACAAGGGGGUAAUCAUCUAGUUCUUAAGGUUGUCACAGUAACCAGAAAUCUUGAUCCAGAUGAUACAGCUAGAAAGAAAGCCCCACCACCUCCAAAGCGAGCUCCAACCACUGCGUUGACCUUGCGGUCUAAGUCAAUGACCUCAGAGCUUGAAGAGCUUGUGGAUAAAGCUUCAGUACGGAAGAAGAAGGAUAUUCUCCCUUCACAUUUUGAAGGUUUGAAGAAGAGGAUUGUUUUUCGAGUCACACUAAAUAAAGUGGAUGAAAUUGUACCAGUUUCCAAGCCAUCAAGAAUUACAGACAAUGUAACUGUGGACUCAAGAGUGGCAACGAUUAAACCGCGGCCUUCCAGUAGAUGCUUUCCUUCAGCUACAGAUAUAAAUUCCAUGUACGAUAGACAGGGUAUUGCUGUGAUGCCACCUACUGUACCUGGGACUCCUCAAGGUCUUUUUCUAGGUAUACCUCGGGGUACAAUGAGAAGACAAAAAUCUAUAGGAAUAACAGAGGAAGAACGUCAAUUUUUGGCUCCUCCUAUGUUGAAAUUUACCAGAAGUCUGUCCAUGCCAGACACUUCUGAAGAUAUCCCCCCUCCACCACAGUCUCUACCCCCUUCACCACCACCUCCUUCUCCCUCCCUUUAUAACUCUCCCAAAUCUCCAACAUCAAGAAGCUAUGGAACAAUAAAACCUGCAUUUAAUCAGAAUUCAGGUUCAAAGGUUUCUUCAGGUAGAUCUGAACAUAUGGGAACAAUAAUGAGGGACAAAGGGAUGUAUUACAGAAGAGAACUGGACCGUUAUUCUCUAGAUUCUGAGGACUUGUAUAGUAGGAAUGCUGCGUUGCAGGCAAACUUCAGAAACAAGAGGGGUCAGAUGCCAGAAAACCCAUAUUCUGAAGUUGGGAAAAUAGCAAGCAAAGCAGUUUACGUGCCAGCCAAACCAGCAAGGCGGAAGGGAAUGCUAGUGAAACAGUCUAAUGUUGAGGAUAGUCCAGAAAAGACCUGUUCUAUUCCAAUUCCAACAAUUAUUGUGAAAGAACCAUCUACCAGCAGUAGUGGGAAAAGUAGCCAAGGAAGCAGUAUGGAGAUUGACCCUCAGUCUUCAGAGCAGCCUGGACAGCUCAGACCUGAUGAUAAUUUAAACGUCAGUAGUCCAUUUGCAGCGGCCAUUGCUGGAGCAGUGAGGGACAGGGAAAAGAGAUUAGAAGCUAGGCGUAAUUCUCCAGCUUUCCUUUCUACAGAUUUGGGAGAUGAGGAUGUUGGCCUGUUGCCCCCAAUACCACGUAUGAGGCAAUCUAAAUUUACUGAUGAGGACACGUUUAGUAAUGAAGAUAGUUUCAGGCAAGUUAUGUCACCUUCUCCGGUUCCUGCACCUAGAGAAUCUGAAAAUCUUUUUAAUAGCAGUGAACCUAGCAAUGAAAGUGAUGAAAGGACAUUAAACUCUUCAUCCAUAAAAAAAGUUACUGAAAACGAUAUGGUUGCAACUCAGACCGUUAAUGUGUCCAGUUCGGAUAAUUAUGUUCAUCCACUCACAGGAAAGCUAUUAGAUCCAAACUCACCUCUAGCACUCGCGCUGUCUGCAAGAGAUAGAGCCAUGAAAGAACAAACGCAACAAACUCCAGGCAAAGGAGAAACUGGUAAAGCAGACCUUAAUAAACCACUUUAUAUUGAUACAAAGCUGAGAUCUAAUAUUGAAACAACAUUUCCUGUGACUGCUGCUGUUACCAGGCAAAAUACACGUGGCCCACUGAGAAGGCAGGAGACUGAAAACAAAUAUGAAACAGAUAUGGGGAAAGAGAAGAAGCCUGAAGAAAAGAAAAACAUGCUGAUAAAUAUUAUGGAUACUUCACAGCAGAAGUCAGCUGGUUUACUAAUGGUUCAUACUGUGGAUGCAGCAAAGUCUGAUGACACCCUUGAAGAUAAGAGAGUUGAAAUGGAAAUGAAUCCAGACAAUUUUCCAUCGGAGAUGCCAGAAGAUAGUGAAGAAGCAGAAAGUGGGUUGAAUGUAUCUGCUACACCUGAGCCACCUGCAUCUCCCUGCAAAACUAUUGUAGCAGCUAGCUCUGUUGAUGACCCUGUCAUUUUGCCAUUUCGCAUCCCUCCACCCCCUUUAGCAUCUAUUGAUAUUGAUGAAGAAUUUAUUUUUACUGAGCCGUUACCUCCUCCCUUAGAAUUUGCUAACAGUUUUGAUAUCCCCGAUGACCGUUUAGCUCCAGGUUCUGCUCUAACGGACUUACUUAAGCAAAGAAAAAAUGGAACACCUACAUCUGCUUCAUUUAACCCCAACCAAUCCACGAAUUCUUUAGACAGUAAAAAACAAGUGGGUCUUUCAAACUGUUUGCCUGCCUCAUUUCUGCCACCCCCUGAAAGUUUUGAUCAUGUCACUGACUCUGGGAUUGAGGAGGUAGACAGUCGAUCUAGUAGUGACCAUCACUUAGAGACAACCAGCACUAUCUCAACAGUGUCCAGCAUCUCUACCUUAUCCUCUGAAGGUGGUGAGAACUUGGAUACCUGUACAGUCUAUGCAGAUGGGCAAACGUUUCUGGUGGACAAACCCCCAGUACCUCCUAAGCCAAAAAUGAAGCCCAUAAUCAACAAAAGCAAUGCACUUUACAAAGAUGCUCUAAUUGAAGAAACUGUAGAUAGCUUUGUUAUCCCUCCACCUGCUCCACCCCCACCUCCUAUCAGUGCACAGCCCAGUACAGCUAAAGUUUUACAGCAAAGGACCUCCAAGCUAUGGGGUGAUGUAACUGAGGUAAAAAGCCCAAUUCUCUCAGGCCCAAAGGCUAAUGUUAUUAGUGAAUUGAACUCAAUACUACAACAAAUGAACAGAGAGAAAUCCUCAAAGCCAGGGGAAGGGUUGGAGUCGCCUUCUGGAACAAAAACUGCAAGUCCCAGUACAAGGAGCACAGAAGUAAUGAGCACUGUCUCAGGUACACGAAGUACAACCAUCACUUUUACAGUCCGGCCUGGACCCAGCCAGCCCAUCACAUUGCAGAGCAGGUCCCCAGACUAUGACAGUAGGACAUCAGGAGUGAGACAUGCUCCAAGCCCUGUGGUUUCACCAACAGAGAUUAACAAAGACAUCAUGCCUGCUCCUCUGACACCUGCUGCUUCAGCUUCAUCUCCUUCUCCAACUCUCUCUGAUGUAUUUAGCCUACCCAGCCAGCCUCCUUCUGGGGACUUAUUUGGCUUGAACACAGGUCGCAGCAGGUCUCCUUCUCCCUCAAUAUUGCAACAGCCAAUCUCAAAUAAGCCUUUUACAACUAAGCCUGUCCACCUGUGGACUAAACCAGAUGUGGCAGAUUGGUUGGAAAGUCUAAACUUAGGUGAACAUAAAGAGACCUUCAUGGACAAUGAAAUAGAUGGCACCCAUUUACCAAACCUUCAGAAGGAAGACUUGAUAGACCUUGGAGUGACUAGAGUUGGGCACAGAAUGAAUAUAGAAAGAGCUUUGAAACAGCUACUGGACAGAUAAAAAUGGCUACUCUUGCCUCUCAAACUUCUGUUAUAAAUAGAGAUGGGCUGGUACUGAAAUACGCAAAAUGUCUUGGCUGUCUGUGAGUGCCAGCAAAAGAAGAAAAGGUUUAAUUUAGCUGCUGGUACUCGGUAAUGCAGACUGUAUGUUUAGUGCCCAAGCUUAAACCCAAGUAAAUGAAAUUAAUGGGGCUAUUUUAUUUCAAAGGUCGGGGUGGGGAGGUGUGGGGUGGAGAUAGAGACAAAAGAUAAUUGUUAACUUUGAAAUAUUACCUAUCCAUUUAUGAUGCCCUUCAGCUGGACCCAGAACAUGUACGUUUUUUCUUUUGGUUUAAAACCACAAGCAUUUCAUUUUUGAGCAGAAAACACCUUAUUUUAUAUACACCGCUCCCCUGCCAUCCAGGGUAAUCUGUUCUUGACACUCUUGUCAUGGAAUCUCAACUUUUUUCCCCUUUUUGGCUUUUUUAAAUAGAUCCUCACAUGCUUAACUUCUUUUUACCCGUUUUUAAUCAAUAAAUAGCAGAAGCAUUACUUCACCCCCUCUUUCACAAUGUCAUUUUGAUCCAGUGUAGAUCUUUGGUUUGUUGGCAGUGAAGCUGAUAGUGCUGUUGGAGACUCUUGUUCAAAGGUAACUGUUCUGCUUUACUUAGGUAUUUCUUUAUUUCUGCGUUUAUAUUUAGCACAGUUCCAAGGUAGCAGAACAGGUUUUAAACAUGGUGUACUGAUGUGAUAAGUAGAAUGUGGAAACUAUGUAUAGACUGGAAGAGCAUUCUCUGAGAUACAAAGAAAUGAGGCUAGUUUGAACCAGACACCCCCAUUUGGCAGCCAGAUAAACUGCUAAUGAGGCCUAACAUUGACUAUCUGAGCAGAUUAAAAUAUGGUUGUGACGAGUGUUAGCUAUACUGUGUCCAUGUGCAUCUUUAGACUUUUAUAGUCAGAUUUUUCAAAUAUGCUGAGCCCCCACAGAUCCUGCUUAAUUCAUUGAGUUGCAAGUGCUCAACAACUCUGAAAAACUGGGAUAGAAGACAGGAUAUUGCUUCCAUGGAAGUUUGUGGGAAUGUUGCCACUCACUUACCUGGGAGCAGGAUAAGGCCUGUUAGUAGAAAUAAAAAUGUUUCAGCAGGUGAUCUUCUACAGUUUAAAAACAUAUUUAAAGGGUAAAUGUUAACAAGGGAGGGGACAUGUGGUGUCCUAGAAUGCAAGUGUUCCAAAAGGCCAGGAAAACAGAGAGGUCCAGAUUUAUUGACUUGGUUCCUCAUUUCCAUUUCCUGGCUAGUCUGGGUUGGGCUGUUGGCAGAGGAAGCAUAGUCAAUGCCUAAGCAGGAGCAGAAAGCUUCCCAUCACUCUCUAGUGACUUCUUUACUGUAAUCAGAAAUUAUUAGUGGCAGGGUCCAGAGAGUGAUCCAUCAAGCCCUGAUCAGCAUUACAGACAAUUGGCCCGACUUUGGAGUUGAUCGUUGACUGGUUCUGCACUCUCUGUGUGUCCUGGGGAUACACCAUUUUGGCAGAUUUGAUUUUUUUUUUUUAAAGUUAACAAUUUUCUCUAUCUGACCCCUUUUAUAAUUAACACCUCUAUUAAUUUUUGUAAGAGUUUUGUGGGUCUUGCUUUCUGAACAUUCAACCUGUUCAAGGUAGGCACAUCAUGUAUGGACAGCCAGACUCUCAACCUACCAUACCAUCAGGUUCUCCCAUCUUUUGGAAGGUUCCUGAUUUUUUUUUCCCUUGCUAUGGUCCAGCCGAUCUCUAAUUAUAAUUUUUUUUUCUUCUCACAAUCAAGUGUCUAAUUAGGUCUGCAACAGCCCUAGAACAAGUACAUAAAGUUUAGCAAUUUAAAUACCUUUCUUUACUGCAAGUUUAAAUAGUUGUACAGAUAGUUUAUAAGCACAAUAUUUUAAGAAAAUAAGUGGCUGGUCUACUGGGCAGCCUUUGUGCCACUUCAGUGCUAGAAUGUUAAAAACUUAAAAAAAUAAAUAAAUACAAAAAAUACAAAAAAAAAACACUUUUGUGGUUUAAUACUAUUUCUGUGGAAUAAUAAGUCUUGACCUUUUUAAAUCAACCUCAUUUGGAUGCAUCUGAACCAGCAGAGCUGUGUUAUAUUUUCUAUUUUUCCUAGAACUUCUUCAAAGGAGGAUGAAUACUUCUUCAAAAGUGAUUACACAAUUAACAAUGCAUUAGCAAAGCAACUAUUCAACCUCCUGCCCCCUUUAUGGAACAACUCUUUUGACUUAACAUCUGUUAUUACACCCUUUGCAGGUCUAUAUUUGUAUUUGAAAAUUCCAAGUAACCUUGUAAUAAAAAUCAAAUAUUGAGGCAUUUUACUUUCAAGAGUACUGAGUUUUUCCAUAGUUACAUGGCUAUUGUUGCAGAGAAUGACAUUUUCAUUCAGAUAUUCAAUAAUGGCACCUUAAGGCCAUCAAAUACUAUAAAAAGUGUAAAAAUGGUAAUUCAGCCAUCAUUGUCUUCCAUUUGGUGAUAUUACAGAAUUCAGUAAAUAAACCACUAAUACCAUGCUCCUUUUUGUUUCUUUGACUACAGUUGGUAUUACCUCUAUAAUAUGUGCCAGAAAAUACAUUAGAUAAUACGGUAGUAAAAGAAAAUGUAGAAGAUGACUUUUAAGCUGCUUUUUAAUCACAAUCUUAUUGUUGAAUUUAGGUUUAAUGAGUGCUGACAUACACAAGUAAAUUACAGCUGAUGGUAAUCCCUUUCUUAAACAAGUGUUGUUUCUUGCUUAUGUAUCUUUUCAGGCACUUAAAGAAUAGGUACAGUAUAAUUAGUAGAACAGAGAUUAAAAACACUAAAGAGCUAAUGAAAUAGUUUAUUUUUACAUUGUGUCUUACUAUCUAAAGGGUAACAGGGCCUGAAAGGAUCUACUUUUACCAAUAAAAUACACCUCUGCCGAGAUGAAUUGGUCUCUAGCUCUGUUUGAUGACUUUGCUACAGAAAGCAAUAGUAACAGAUAUAAGUCCUAGUAUUUUCAUCAGUUUUGAAAAUGUGGGGGUGGGGGAAUGGCCCUAUUAUUUCACGCUACUAUGAUAGUGGAGAAGAAAAUGUUAGAGAUCUAUGAAACAUGUUAUGAUAUUCCAGGUUUUAGGAUCAACUUUUGUUUAUAUACUGUAAUUUAAAUAAAUUGCAUUUACAUGCCUAGUUUCUGUAAUAUUUGUGUAUACAAUACCAAAAUCACACAAGAUGUAAAUUGUGUAUAACUGCAGGCUCCUUUCCCUGAGUGUCUGGGAACAUUUUAAGUUUCAUUCAUAUAUUAUAAAAUGACUAGAUGUGACUGUUGAUUUACAGAAUUUACAUAUCACAAAAGCUAAUUAUUUGUGGUACUUAAGUUAAUAAAAAUAGUGAUUUUCUGAGUUCUUAAACAAGCAUUACCCAGUUGAUCUGGCAAUGAUUGUGUGUAAGCCACAAAUAUUGAUAAUUUUUCCAUUACAUUUUUUCUUUUCUUUUCUAGAUAUUAAUGUUUCUCAAUAUAGUUUGUGUAACAAUUUGUGUUCACGUUAUCUAUGUUGCUGUAAUUUUUGUGCUUUAAUUCCUCUUAUUUCGAAUUGAUUAAAAAUCAAGCUCCUGUAACUUGCACUUUCCCCGAUCCUUAAUACUCUUGUAUGGCAACCAAAAUUCCUGUAAGAAAUAAAUAUAAUAUUGCACUAAGGUUGUGGUUCUGAUUGCAAACAGUGAAAGCUGUCUGAAUUUUUGUUAAAAAGUUGCCAAACUUACAAUCUAAUGUAACGUUAUUGAAACAGCAGAAAAUGCUUUAACUGCAUAUAGCUAGAGAGAAAAUGGGUUUAUCAAAUAUUAGGGGGGGAAGUUUGCUUUGGUUUAUCUUUUAGUUAAAGAUUUUUAAUGCUGAAACCAAAUAGGUUUUGAAUUUCAGAUUUACAUAUAAGAUUUGAAAAGUAAAGAAUUUUGUUAAGUGAUGGGUUUCAGAGUAGCAGCCAUGUUAGUCUGUAUUCGCAAAAAGAAAAGGAGUACUAGUGGCACCUUAGAGACUAACCAAUAAAUUGGUUAGUCUCUAAGGUGCCACUAGUACUCCUUUUCUUUUUGCGUUAAGUGAUGGAACUUUUUUUUUUUUUUUGGCUUGGAAGUGAUUUCAGCUGAUCAUUUUUCUGGACUUGAGGUCGGUCUUUAUUUUGGUGUUAUCAAAUAAGUGUAGCUGAUUAUGCAAGACAUUUGAAUUGUUGGCCUACCUAGCAAUCUGGUGAAAUUCUAACGGUUUUUGUAGGAGAGAGCCGCAUUACAAAGAGUGAAGAAAAAGCAGCAGCAGUCCUUAUCCAGAGUCCAGACCUCUUGCGAUAGUCACUACCGCCAGACUUCAUUAGUACUUUGGAUAAGUUGGGCUCCACAUUCUUCUUCUAUCUUUAAUUGUAACUUGAAGAAUUUUUUUAGAUAUUGAAAUAAAUAUUUUAACGGCAGUCAUUCUGUUUUAUAUCUAAUACUUCCUUUUUUUUCCUGGCAUGAUGAUCUAUUUCUUCUACUUUUUUUUUAUUUAUUUCCUGUUUUCCUACAUAUUAUUCUAAUAUCAACAGCUUUGUUUUAUUUCAGGUAUUUUAAUAAUUCACUUAUACAGAAUAUCUUUGUAUCUGUCAGUAUACAUGUCAGUAGAUGAUCAAAUUAAUCAUAAAAAUAGUUGUGUAAUACACAACUAUAGCAUGCUGUGGAACUGCUAAUUCUAUGUGGGAAUCAAGGUGGUUAUACAACCAGUUUUCUGAGAGCAGAAUAUUUAAUAAUUUAUAUUAUUAUCCAAAUUAUAUUGGUGGUUUUUUUUCUCUUGUUCCUGUAACAUGUUUCUGCAUUUCACAGUCUUCACAGUUUUAUGUCCAAGACCACAACAAAAUACUGUCCAGUGCGACUAACCUGGAACAGUAUGGUUAUCGGAAAUCCUAACUCAAUGAUGCUUCAAAACACACACAAAGGAAAACAAGUGUGUGCCUUGGAUGUUUUGAAUCUGAUCUGCAUAAAACCAUGUUGUAUUCAAAUGAUGUACUUAGAGGAAAGGAACAUGUAUCCAUGUAUUGUCGUAGCUGAUAAAAUAGUUAGAGUGCCUUGUUUUCUGAACUGAGAAGUCCCUAUCAAUGCACAACUAAAAAUGGUUAAAAAAACUGAAAUGUUAAGAUCUAGAUGAUAUUCUGGGGCCUUCUCUUGAUCAUGAGACUAUAUGACUUAAUCACAGUCAUUUAAAUUAAACUAAAUAAAAUAAAGAAAAUUGAAAUCAGA